GUUACAUGGGGGCGGGGGCCGGGAUAGGUCCGACCCCGCCCCCUCGGGCACCACGUGGGCCUCUGGCAGUGGGGCAGAGACCCGGGGCGAUGGAGGAGCUGGAGGAGCGGGUCCGAGCCAGCAAGAUCACUUUGCUCACAGCGUCCAAGGAGGACAAGAGUAGCGCCAAUGCACCCAGCUACUUCUUAUCACGGGCCAUCGGCAGUUCGGGGCUGAGCCAGCUGGAGACAGAGGCCUUUGAGACAAACGGGAUGAUCCAGAUGAUGCUCCCGGAUUCCCAGAAGAUCCUGAAGAAUGAGCUGGAGAUCAUCAAAAGCCAGCUCCAUGCCCAGGCCAAGGCCUUCGAAGCCCUGAGCCACUCCGUCUCCCUGCUGGAGCAGGAGAGCAGCCUGCAACAGCGGCAGAUUCAGCAGCUGGAAGAGGACAUGAGCCGAACGUGCGGCCUGGCCCAGGGGGAGAUGUUUGAGCGGCUGGUGGACGGGAAGAUCCAGGAGGUCUGGGCGGCCAUGGCCAAGGAGGUAGAAGGAUUGCAAGAAUCCCUGCUCGAGCGCUCUGACCACCGCAUGAUCCAGAGGGGGGACUCGCUGGAGAACCUGUCCCUGGAGAUCCUGGAGAGCAAGAAAUUCCUCUGGGAGGAGCUGGAGUCAGUGCAAGGUGAGAUGAGGAGGAUCCAUCAGAAAUUGAAGGAUCAGGAGGACGAUAUAACUCAGAACCUGGUCAGCAUAAAGAAAAUGCAGGAUAAUCAAGUGAAAUGCAGGAAGAUCCUAUCACAGCUGAAGGGCAAAGGGCUGGGCCCAGAGGGGGCCCCGGAGUCCGUAAGCGGAGGUAGAGACCGCCGGCCGGUCAAAGAGGAGCUGAAUGAGAUCUGGUCGGCCGUCAACACCCUGAGGAACUCCAUGGACCAUUGCAACCUCCGGGGCGACAGCCAGGCGGCCGUCAGGGUCACAGGCGGAGAGCAGAGACCUGGGACCUGUCAGGGGGCCCGACCUGUGGAGGAGAGAAAAUUAAAUUGAGCUGCUUGGGUUUGCCGGCGUCCA